CGAGCCGGGUACGUCAAAGUCGUUCCACGAAAUCCUUCCAUCUACUUUAAGUUUCAAACUACUGUUAGAGCGUUAUCUCUGUACGCGUCAGCUAUUUUAACCUUCUCGUUUGUUCAUUGUUCAAGUUUAUAUAAGUAUCUUCCAGGAAACGUCUAGAAUUCCCAGGGUCAUUAAGCCUGACGUUUAUUUCAACCCUAAUCUUAAUAGCUAGCCAAAGUAAGCUACGCUCUGUACCCCUUGAUUGUGGACAUGAGGAGUCUUCCGUACUUUUGUCGAGGAGAAGUUGUGCGAGGAUUUGGAAGAGGCAGCAAGGAGCUAGGUAUCCCAACAGCAAACUUCCCAGAAUCUGUAGUUGACAAUCUACCUGCGGACAUCAGUACAGGAAUCUAUUACGGCUGGGCUCGCGUGGGAAAUGGGGAAGUACACAAAAUGGUUAUGAGUAUCGGAUGGAACCCGUACUACAAGAACACAAAGAAAUCGAUGGAAACUCAUGUGAUCCAUAAGUUUAAAGAGGAUUUUUAUGGAGAGAUCCUGAGUGUAAUAAUGGUGGGAUAUGUCCGUCCAGAGAGAGGCUUUGACUCACUGGACGCUUUGAUAACAGCGAUCCACAGCGACAUCGAAGAGGCCAAAAAGAAACUGGACCACCCCGAGCACUUGAAACUGAAAACCGACAACUUCCUCCGCUCGUCCACGUCCAAGGCGACAAAUUCGAUUAUGAACGGUCACUAAAAUCCAGACUCCGUGCGUCGUCUGACCGGACUGGUCUCGUCCCCUGUGUUUGUCUCUCUCUCUCUCUUCCUCUCUCUCCGUGUGUCUCUGCUCUUGUUUUUAGGUAAAGGCUGUUGAAAGUUAUGGAUCCCAAUGUUGUCAUUUCUUUGUACUUUUAAUGUUUGUUUUUUUUUUUUUUAGCUUUUUCUUAUUUUUUGUUUUCUUCCUUUUGAAACGAGGUUUACGGAGCGGCCUGGUUCUUGCUGCUGCUUUGCUGUUAGCGUGUUCUGUGAACAUGAAUGUCCUCUCUGUCCUCAGAGGUCACAGGGUCACACUGAGGGUCAUAGGGUCGCACUGGAGAGCAGCUCCUCUCCUCUCGUAGGAAAGGAAGAACGUGUGAACGCCUUAUAAAGAGUGAGGCAGAAAUGAUGUGCAGAUUAUACAAACAGUGAUGGAUCAUAUGUAUUGGUAUCAGCUUGUAUUCGACAAGGCUGUUUCACACCCCUUUGCAAGUUUGAUGAAUGGUAUAUUCCCAAUUGAAAAUUGAUGGAAUGUACCAUAUUUUGGACUGAAGAGGGGGACCUCCCAGUCGUCGUGCAGAGAGAUGAAUGGUUGCCAUUUUUUUGGCAGGUUUUUUUGCCGUCAUGUGUAGAAAUCGUCCCCUUUAUCAUCUUUAGUGUCCAGAAUGGUCAAAGUGCUCUGGGAGACAUAAGUAUAUCACUCAGUCAAAGACAGUUUAAAAAAAAAAAAAAAAAAAAGGGAAAUUUCACCUCAACAAGACUCAUUCAUACAUAUUAUGUUUUCAUUUUCAUGGGUUUAAUGCAGGUUUUCAGUUCAGAGAAUAUGCCAGUUUGACCAUGUCUAAAGAAAAGCUUCUCAUUUGGGUUUUUUUGUUUGUUUUUUUGCAGUAGCAGUUGAUCCUUUUUGCUAGCGGAAUAGAUAACAGUUCCCUUAUCUCAGCUCGGGCUCUCUGGUCUAAGUCCAGGAGUCUAAUCAGUGGCAGAUACUGUAAAUGGUGUUUGCUGUUACCAGGCAUGGCAAACCAGUCAGACAGAAUCGAAGAAUGGUCAAAACUUGUUUGUAGACUUCAUCCAUAGGUGUACAUAAUCAUUCACAUGAAUUUUCUGUCUCUCUA